CCGCGCGUCGCGCUGCCGCCUACUCUCCGGUCCGGGCCUCUCUCCAGGGCGUCUGUAAACACAGCCGGAGCUUGUCAUGGAGGGGGAGGAGGAGGCAGCGGCGGCGAAGGGAGGCGUUCUGCGCCGCCUCCAGGGUCCGCUCUGCCAUCCCUGAACUGGUCUCUCGUCCCCAUAACUGUGGCAUCAGGGAAGCGAACUGUUAGGCGAGAGGAGGAGGCAGUCAGAACCUUAUCCCGUUCUUCCCCCGGGGCUGGGGCCGGGCCGGACCAGGCCGGCUGAGCCGGGGGAGGGCCGGGGGAGGGAGCGCCCGGCCGGGCCGGCCUGUCUGCCGAGAUGGAUGACAGUAAGGUGGUUGGAGGUAAAGUGAAGAAGCCCGGCAAACGUGGUCGAAAGCCAGCCAAAAUUGACUUGAAGGCAAAGCUCGAGAGGAGCCGGCAGAGUGCAAGAGAAUGCCGAGCCAGAAAAAAACUGAGAUAUCAGUAUUUGGAAGAGUUGGUAUCCAGUCGGGAAAGAGCCAUUUGUGCCCUCAGAGAGGAACUGGAAAUGUACAAGCAGUGGUGCAUGGCAAUGGACCAAGGGAAAAUCCCUUCUGAAAUAAAGGCCCUACUCACUGGAGAAGAGCAGAACAAAUCUCAGCAGAACUCAAGCAGGCACAUGAAAACUGGGAAGACAGAUGCUAACAGCAAUUCCUGGUGAAGAGCAUAUAAAAUGAUGAGUCAGUGAUUGAAGCCAAUAUUCUGAUUCUUACGGAGGAUGAAUAGGCAAGAUUGUACUUCUUGGCUCCAUUUACUACCUACUGCUCAGUCAUCUCUGUAAAUUUGCAGUUUCUACCAAAAUGUGUGAUCAUAGAUCUCAAAGGAUUUUGCUUUAGUUUUCAACACUUGGAAAAGUUACAAACAUUCAGACCCGUUCUGGUUGGUAUUGCCACCCAUGGCAUUUAACAUGUUGCAAUGCUUGAAAGCACAGUAGAGAGACUGAGUGAAGAUUAUAUUUUUUGCACCUCAACUCCACAUUGCUUUAUUGGUUAAUUUAUAUUCUUUCCAUGUAAUUCAUGUAAUUGUAUGUGUAUGUGUGUUUAGGUGUCACUUCCUUUCAUGUUUUUGAUUGCCCUACAAAGAGAAACCAAAUGGGCUGACUACUGAUUAUAAGUUCUCAGCCUUUAUGGACCUAAUCUUAUUUCUUUAUAUUUACUUGAGUAAUGUUUAUUUUCUGCAUGAACCAUUUCUCCUGUGAGCCAUUCCAGCAUAAGCUGUGAAUAUGUAUUAACAAAUAUAUACAUUUCUAUUUUUAUAAUCCAUAAUGAUAUGCCCGUUUUAAAUAAUGUACACAUUAACAAAAUCCAUCAAGAAAGCCCUUAAGAUAGCCUCUAUUUAAAACUUUUGUUGCCAUCUUUUCAAACUGUAUUUAUACAGGUUUGCUAGGGCCUAAUCUGUACUUGGAGAAUAAUUAGUCAAACUUUAUUUUUAAAUAAGAAGUAACCUGUUAGGCAUUUCAGUAGCAUAUAUCGUCUUGACAACCCAUACAGUGUGUUUCUAUUGUAUGUCUAUAUAUGUAUAUGGGGAGGGCAGGAGUGAAUGUUCACACACAUUUCGUUGUGUAAUCACCUAAUUUGGAGAAUUUUUCUAAAGAAAAUAGGAUGAAAUUAGCUGCUGAGAUGGAGUUUCUGCCUCAAGAGAUCUGGAACGAAAUGAGGCACACAUUGCUGGUGGAUCUAAUGGCGGUAGCCAUAACCAGAACACUUAGUUUCUGAUUAGAGUUUCCUUAUGAAUGUAUUCUGAGCCAGAGAGAAACACACUGUGGGUGUGCAUCCGGUUCAGCCCUGGCCGUGCCUCCACUCUGGAGUG